AUUGUUCAACGAUUUAGAUCAAAGCCAGCUCACUAAUCCGCGUGAAAACUUAAUCAUCCAAUCAUAACUAACCUCUCUUAUCUAUAUAAUGAAUCUCCUUGGGCCUCUUUGGGUACCUGACGAGCCGAACAAACAGAAAAUCCAUUGAUUUCCUUUUUUCUUAUUCGCUCAAUCUAGAAUUCUCUUUGAUUAGAAAUGGCGCCCAAGGCGGAGAAGAAGCCGGCGGAGAAGAAGCCAGUUGCCGAGAAAUCUCCAGCCUCGGCUGAGAAGAGACCAAAGGCGGAGAAGAAGAUCUCGAAAGAAGGCGGAGAAAAGAAGAAGAAGAAGAUAAAGAAGAGCAGUGAGACAUACAAGAUCUAUAUUUUCAAGGUGUUAAAGCAGGUUCAUCCUGAUAUCGGGAUCUCGAGCAAGGCCAUGGGGAUCAUGAAUAGUUUUAUUAAUGAUAUUUUCGAGAAGCUUGCUCAAGAGGCAUCAAGAUUGGCCAGAUAUAACAAGAAGCCGACGAUCACGUCCAGGGAGAUUCAGACAGCCGUCCGAUUGGUGCUUCCCGGAGAACUUGCAAAGCAUGCCGUAUCUGAGGGGACAAAAGCAGUUACCAAAUUUACCAGUUCUUGAAUUGAUUGUUGAGAAAUCUGAUCCGAUUAUUGACAUGGGAAUUUUAGGUUAUUGUUUUUGAUAUUCAUGUGACGUUAGUUGAUUGUAAACUUUAAUUAAACACAAUAUUUAGAUUUUUAGGUA